UGCCAGCAGCAUGUUCAAGGUAAUUCAGAGGGCUGUGGGGCCGGCCAGCCUGAGUCUGCUCACCUUCAAAGUCUAUGUGUCACCUAAAAAGGACUCACCUCACAAAGCUUCUGUGAAGGUUAAUGAGCUUUCACUCUACUCCAUUCCCGAGGGUCAGUCUAAAUAUGUGGAAGAGCCAAGGACCCCACUUGAGGAAAGCAUUUCACAUCUCCGACAUUAUUGCGAGUCGUAUACAAGUUGGUGUCAGGAAACGUACUCCCAAACUAAGCCCAAGAUGCAGAGCUUGGUUCAAUGGGGGUUAGGCAGCUAUGACUAUCUCCAAAAUGCACCUCCUGGAUUUUUUCCAAGACUUGGUGUUAUCGGUUUUGCUGGCAUUGUUGGACUUCUUUUGGCUAGAGGCUCAAAAAUAAAGAAGCUGGUAUAUCCGCCUGGAUUCAUGGGAUUUGCUGCCUCUCUUUAUUACCCACAACAAGCCAUCGUAUUUGUCCAGGUCAGUGGGGAGAAAUUAUAUGACUGGGGUUUACGAGGAUACAUAGUCAUAGAAGAUUUGUGGAAGGAGAACUUUCAAAAGCCAGGAAAUGUGAAGAAUUCACCUGGAAAUAAAUAGAAUGCUGCAUGCUCUGCCCAUUUUAAUCAGUUAUAG